AUUGAAGGCAGCUGUCAGAUGCCGGAGCUUGACGCUCUAACGGUAAAUACGAGCUUGGCUAUCCUGUGGGACACACGAAUCUCGUCCAGUUCUGAGCGAAGAUGAUUUUCUGAAUGAAAGAGGUAAAACGGACUGGUUUAGAGCGUCAUUUUAAGUCGUGAAUCAUUGCCAUUUGUUGAUGUUAUAGCUGGUUGGCUUUAUCUAACAUUCCUGUGAUGAUGUUUUUAGCAUGUACCUGCCUAGCUAACGACAAUGGUCAUCUGUCAGGGACAGCUGCUCUGUCAGGGCAACUAUGAGCCCCAUGGUGGGUUUAACGUGACAUUGUGUUUGUUUGAAUUCGCUACAUUGUGUUUAGAAAGCAGAAAUCUCAUGUCAUGUAGUGAAACUGGUUGAUUUAGCUGUCCAAGUCAGCUAACGUGAAGUUCUUACACACAGGCAUAAACAAGGACCCUGAGACCCUGACUCAACUGACUACAGUCUGUCCCAGUGUUUUUCUGUUCCCUCUUAGGUUUCACCCUAACUGUCGUUGUUGUUGUUGUUCCUUAUUGUCUUCUCUCACCGUCUUCUCCUUCCCAUCCUUCCUUUAGAGAGCUGAUAUCUCCUGGCCAUCACCUGACCUGUUUGACCUUAUCCCAUCAUCACAAUGGAGACUGCCAGCAACUACGUGCUAAUCCAUGGGAAGAACAUAUCUCACAAUACCUUGGCGGGCUCUGCUGCAGUUCCGCACAUGUCCAUCGACAAGCUUUUCCCGGCUCUCCUUGAGUGUUUUGGCAUCAUCUUAUGUGGCUACAUCGCUGGCAGGUAGUUUUGUGAAGGAACAGUUCUAUACAGAGCAAUUGAAUUGAUGAUUUUUAGGCCAAAUUAGAUGGAAAACAACACCCACACAUGUUUUGGUAAAAUAAAGGCAACUAUUUGAUCAGUUUUCUGCUUGUUAGAAUUAGUGUUGCUGGUUCAUUAAGAUGAAUGAAGGUGAGGUCAAAGUGCUUUAGUGGUUGUAGUUGCCCUUGAGCAAUGCAUGGAACCUGCAACUACUUGAACAAGGCAAGCUAAAAGAAGGCAGCUGUAUUAGGGUCUUUGGAUUUUUUCAGGGACACACUAUUUCAGUGUAAGCUAGCAACCGAGUAAGGUUGUUUCUCCAUUAGGACUGAUUGAAUAUGUUGCUAUAGUUACUGUAAGAAUUCUGAAACUAUCCAAUGAAAAUAUGAACAUAAUUCGAGACUAACUACCAUGGCUUUUUUUGUGCAUUAAUCGUUUGUUCAUCUGUCCUUAUCUACAGGACAGAUAUCAUCACGGAGAGCCAGGCAAAGGGUUUGGGGAACUUUGUGUCCAAGUUUGCCCUACCAGCCCUGCUUUUUAAAAACAUGGUGUUGUUGGACUUUGGAGAUGUCAUCUGGGCAUUUCUCUGGAGUGUGAUGGUUGCUAAGGUUAGUGUCUGUGCAUGUCCUUCAUAUCAUGUGUAGGGCCUGGCGAUAUGGAAAAAAGUUUAUCACAAUAUAUUUUUAUCAGUCAAUAUUGGUAUAUAUCACGAUAUAAAAAAUGAAAUUUAACAGUGCUUAUUGGUAGCAUGUCUUUUACAGUAUAAUAAGCUACUGCAUCUGUAAGGUCUUUGUGUCUCUUCGACAUUUUGUCACAAGGUGUUGUGCUUAUUUAUUAUCAUCAUAUUAAUUCUCUCGAGAAUCACUACUUUUUGAUAGUUAUUUGAUGACCACUGUGCUAAAUAAAGUUAGCAUGCUCGUUGAGAAAGCGGACUGAAUGGUCCAGGUGGUGAAAAAAAUUUGAGGUAUUCCCUGACUUUGCGAGAACAUGUAGUUGACAUAAUUUGCAGUGCACAUUACUCUGCUUCAUGUCUGACCUUAAAAAAAACAAAAUACCUCCACACCACAGGGGUAGCACUCCUUUUCUUUUUUCUCACCAACAGUGCUGUCGGCUUUAUGUGUUAAAGUGCUAUGGUUGCGUGUAGCUGCAGCCUGCUACUUUGCACUUGUUUGCUACUUGGUUUUAAUUCAGUACAUGAUUGGUUCAGGACCCAAAGCAACUCCCCUUUUUAUUGGCUAUUCGUAUAGUCAACCAAAACAUGUCAGAAUGCGACUAUCGCAAAGCAUAUUGACCAUGUUUCACAUUGAUAUCGAGGGAAAUUAAUUUUCGAUAUAUAUUGUUAUCGUUUUAUCACCCAGCCCUAAUCAUGUGUAUGGCUUGGUUACAAGAAGAAGAAAAGUCAGAUUUUAGUUAAAUCUCUGAAGACAUGAGAUGAAACUAUGGUUAAUGAUGUAAACGUCACCUAUUUGAACCUGACUUUGAGGUUUCUCUCCUGUGUGAAGGUGACAGUGUUUGUACUGGUGUGUGUGCUGACUCUGAUGGUGGCCAGUCCAGACAGCAGAUACAGCAAAGCUGGCCUGUAUGCCAUCUUUGCUACGCAAAGCAAUGACUUUGCCUUAGGAUACCCUAUAGGUAAGAUCAGUGUAAAAUUUUGAUUUGUUCCUUCCACAUUGAAUAUUCACAGGAGAAAAACACUGGUUCUUUGACCCAGAAGUAUCCAUCUCUCUCUCUCUCUCCAUCCCUCUCCAUGCUUUCAGUCGAUGCUUUGUACCGGAGCACAUACCCAGAGUACCUCCAGUACAUCUAUCUAGUUGCCCCAGUCUCCCUCAUGCUCCUCAAUCCCAUCGGUUUUGCUCUUUGUGAGGUGCAAAAGUGGAGGCAGGCCAGCCAUUCACAUCAUAGCACUGUUGGCAUCGUGGGAGUUGUAGUUCUACAGGUGAGUUAUUAGUUGUCUUUGAGGUGAAUAAGAACUUAGUAAACAUAACCCACCUCUAAACCCCAUGAUAUUAAACACUGGGUUAAACAAACCUACUCUUGAUUACCCACAGGUGUUGAAGAACCCAGUAGUCUUCGUGGUGAUAGUUGGAAUCAUAGCCCACUUUGCCCUUGGUCAGCAGAUCCCUGCUAUACUGUCAGAGUUUAUAGACGGUCUGGCAAACUCUUUUGGAGGGGCAGCCUUGUUUUACCUUGGUCUUACUAUGGUGAGUUUUUUUGACGCUUAGAAGUUUAACAAAGCUUACCUUCAACAGAUUCUAACCCUGUGUUUCUGAACGAUGUUAUCAUUGAAGGGUGAUCCCUCUGUUUCUGUGGCAGGUCGGUCAGCUGAGGAAACUAACCAGAGACACUGGGGUUGCCUUGAUUCUUCUCAUUACGGCCAAACUGUAAGAGGAAUAGUGCAUGUUUGGCAUAUCGCUGGGAUAGCCUCUCUGUCUGUGUACUGCAUAUGACUGAUUUUUUUUUCUAAAUUUGACAAAAAUGUUCUUUAUCAUAAAAGCAGACACAUAAACAGAAUAGAUAUUAAUCAGUGUUUAAUGUUAUCUGUCUCCUAUCAGCCUGGUCAUGCCUCUGGUCUGUAAAGACAUGGUGGAUAUUCUGGAUGUAGGAGUGAACAGCACGAGUGCAAACCACACUAGUCUGUCUAAUUUUGCUUUCCUUUAUGGAGUCUUUCCCACUGCACCCAGUGUGGCCAUCUAUGCUGGACACUACAAUAUGGAGCUAGAGGUGGUAAGUAUAUUAUUAAUGUACUAACUACCUUUUAAGUUUUGAGUACUGCUUUUAAUUUACAUUUACAAAAAAAAAAGUCAAUUUAAGGUCAAAGUUCAAACAUGCUUAAUCAAAUGAAUAACUGGAAUAAGGAAGAAGAACCCACUUCAUUAAGUUGUUGUGGAGAUUUUGUGUUUUUCUUCUUUCUUUCUUUCUUUCUUUCUUUCUUGCUUUCUUAAUUACUUGUGUUUCCUUUGUCCCUGUGUAACCUAAAUGCAUUUUACAGUUUAACAGAUCCAAUGCUUGUUAUAAAUUCUCAUCUCAACUCAACUCAUCUUUAUUGAUGAACCACUUAAACACAACCACAUUAAACAAAGCACUGUACAUAAGUAGACAAAAACAACUCAGAUGUAAAAAUAUUUAAAACAAUUCAAACCAAUAGGUAAAACAAAGCAGAUAAUAAACACUAAAACAAUUGUUUCAUUGUUUUUAAAAAUUGAUUUUACAGUUAAACAAAUCUAAUGCUUUAUUUGUAAUCUUCAUUUAUAAAGCACUUUAAAACAACCACUGUUGAAACAAAACACUGUACAUAAGUAGACAAAAACAACCCAGACAUAAAACAGUUAAAACAAUUGAAAACAAUAGAUAAAACAAAGCAGAUAAUAAACAAUUAACAAUUGUUUCAUUGUUUUUAAAAAUUAAUAAAAAAAACAAACAAACAUAGAAACAACAAAAAACAAACAGUAAAACACUAAAACAGGAGCAGAGCCUCAUGCAGGGUUGAAAGCCAAGGAAUGAAAAUAGAUUUGUACAGUAUACUAAAUGCCACAAAUGAUAAAUUAUUGGAUCAGUCAAAAAGUUGAUUCACUUUCCCCCCAUAACCUUCCCUCAAAUCCUUCUUCUGCAUGGGCGACUUAAAGUGAAGUUUUCAUGAUUAUUUUCUGGACAAAAAGACCCCAACCCCAUGACACUUAAGUAUAUGCUUAAAAUGUGUCAGAUCUAAACCAAACUUAAUAAUAUUAAUGUGAUCUACGAACAAUUGGACCCUGGUCAAGUCAUAUGUCAAGUAUAAGCCAUAAAAGAAUCUCUCUCACACAGGCACUCAAAAAUCAUGAGACUUUCUUUUUCACCCCAGAAUUCCAACAUUAAACUUCAAAUGUAUCUAGAGUACUUAGUAUGUCACUGCAUAGUCACACGCUUCUGUAUCAGUUGAAACUCGCAGUCAUUGCAUUAUCAAAUGUAGAUAUCAUUUCACUUAAGUAAAGCACCCUCUACACAGACGUCAGAACUGUCUGUUUUUUCCUAGACACAAAAACACAAAACAGACUCUACAAGAUGUCAGUUUGUUUUUGUAAUAAACUAAACUUAUCUGAAAUGCUUUUGUUACAUUCAUUCUUGAAUGUCGAUAUUAAUUUAUAGUGAAAUGACUGUGGAGUAAAUUUGCGGAUUCACGUUUAGAGAAUCUUUUUUUUUUUAGACUCAUUUAAACUGUUUCAGGCAGUUGUCAAAAUGAAGUAGUUAAAGCCAAGUUGUCUGUAAAGUUUACAUAAAUCAUAUUUUUCUUUGCAUAUGAACUCUUUAGUUCAUGUCAUUCCUCAUGGAUGAAGAUUUCUCUCUAUCUUUCCUUUCUUUAGGUAACAUCAGGGAUGGUGAUAAGUACAUUUUUGUCUGCACCUAUUAUGUACGUGUCAGCUUGGUUAUUAACAAUCCCUCUAAUGGACCCAACCCCCCUGGUGACUGAACUUGAAAAUGUCAGCUUCAACAUCAGCAUUGUCAGCCUUUUAGCACUGGUAUGUAUGCUUCAGUUUAAUGUUCCUCAACACUUCUGAUCUGUUGUUCCAACUGUCACCACACAUCAAGUGCGAGUAAAAUCAUUCAGGUGAAUGAGUUACAGGGCAAGUCAAUGCAAAGACAUAAUUAGAUGCUAGUACUACUCUGGCGGCACGAAUGGCGUGAAUUGGGCGGGAGCUGAAAAUGUCUCAACUUGUGUGGAUAUUCACGUCGCAAUAACGUCGCAGGUGACGUAUGAAAACAGACAGCUGUUCACUGGUAUCUAAAAUGGAGGACAAACUGAUCGUGUCGGUGUGUGGGUGCCACCACUUAUAUGAUACCUUUUCUUUCAAUUACCGAAACCGGAACAAAAAGGAGCUUGCCGGUAGGCAAGUGAGUGAGUGAGGAGGUCAGAUUACCUGGUAAAUUGUAAAAAACCUUUGUAUAUCACUUGAUCCCGCCAGUUGAAUUGGCAGGGAUUACAAUUGAAUUUACCGUUGACGUGCAAAUGAAGCAAGUAAAUACAAUUCAUUCACGUGUCUAGAUCCGCGCAAAUUGAUGGCGAGUAGAUGAUUUUACUUGUGCUUGGUGUCAGUGCCCCACAGCACUGAAUGAGUUUACUCAGGGUUGAUUCAAAUACAUUUGUGCUGGUUUCUCUUCUAGGUGUGGACCAUAGUGGUGAUGUUGCUCAGCAGGAAAUUCAACAGACUUCCUCAUCUAUUUGCCUUAAAUCUUUUCCUGGCUCAGGUCAGUCUCCUGCCACAUGUAAAAUGAAUCUCUGAAAGAACAUUUUAUUAUCUUUAAGUCAAGAGCUCAUUUUAUUGUUCAGUGUGUGUUCAUAUAAACAGAAAUAUAAAUCCAAGCACUAUAAGCCUUUGCAUUCACACUGUCUUAACCUGCCGUGCCGUCUUCUCCAGUUUUUGGUGUGUGUCAGUAUGAUCCUGUGGAACUUCUUGGUAAAGCAGGAGGGUAACUUGAUUGGCAAAAUUAUCACCUUCACGCUGCUCUAUGGCUCUCUGUACAGCACCUAUAUUUGGACUGGUAAGUCUUUGAAUUGUGAGCAUCAACAUUUUACUCUGGGACAGGUGCUUUUGGUUGUGCAGAACCUCUGAUUGAAUUGAAGUUUUACUUUGUUUUGUUUGAAGGUUUGAUUCCCCUCUGUCUGGCUCUGACUGACAGAGAUGAUCUGCUGAGACUCCGACCAGGAGUAUUCAUGGUUUUAGGCUGGGGGUAGGUCAGCCCACCAAAACACUAAAGGGCGCCCUCUGGAGCCCUUCUUUUUCACAUUACACUGUCCCAAAACAACAGUAAUCAACAUUACAUUGUUGAUCACCUCGUCUGAUAUCAAGAUGAUCUCUGUAUGAGUGUGUGCUUGUGUGUUUGUGUGUAUAGGGUACCCUUUCUAAUGAUUGGAUGCCUUCUGGUACUGGGAAAAAGGACUGAUGCCAUAGACUCUGCCUUCUUCUACGGCAGGGCUCAGGUUUGAAAAAUAUCUGUUUCACUUUGUUCUUCACUUUGUACUCUUUAUUUCACAUUUGUCAUUUUGUGGUGAAUAAGUUGAUAUUUUCUUGUCUUUCAUUGUUCCCAUUAUCUGAUCAUUCCUUUUAGAAAUCAUGUAUGUCAAAGGGGUGUCUAAUUGUGCAUAUUACCAUGAGUUACUCCUAAAAACCACACUUAUAAAUCCAUAAAUAUCACUCUCAUUAUUCUGUGUCUAUCAUUACAGAUAAUCAGCUCAGCGGUGGUGCUUGCAGUAAGCUUGGGGCUCGGUGCAAUAUCUCUGAUGGGUCUCAGCCAAGGAGACCGGGAGCAGAGAGGCUAUGAGGCUCUAAGUAGAGCUGCUGCAACAGGAUUAAAUGAUGAGCUAAGGCCCCCUAGUGGUUCGGAGGAGUCACAACAAACACAACAACAACAACAACAACAACAACAGCUGACAGCAAAUUCACCUGCAUGCAGCAUCAGUUCAGGCAGGGCUGGUGUUUACCAUUCGUUUGGAUUUAUUGAUUUGAUUGAAAGCAGUGUUCUAUUUUAGCUUUACACAAAAAUCUGGACAUAGUCAAAGCAUCUUCGUGUGGUUAUGUAGCUACACCGUUGGCAAGGUUGAAGAUCUUUGACAGUUGUGCUGUGUCUUUUGUGUUGCUAGAUCCCCACAGUUUCUCUCCUCUUCAGUCUUUACCAGACAUGAUAGCCAGCACGCAGAGGGAACACACAAACAGCACAGGUAACAAAGAAAUGUGAUUUUGCACUUAAAGGGAUCUUCCGGCAUAAAUUUAAGUUAUCGUCAAACACACUGCAACAUCGAGUUAGACACCCCCUCGAGAGAUUAAUGUUGUCGACUGCUUGCUUCUCUAGUCAUACCGACUUUAGUAACGACCGCACGAUAGCAAUACACAGCAGUCUACGUCUCCACACACACACCUCAACCAAAAAGCCACUCUAUAGCCACAAAUAAUGCUCAAAACAGCACCUAACUUCAUCAACAGUACAUAUAGGGUCCCAGCCAUAGUACAGUGCCUGACAAAAGUCUUGUCACUUAUCCAUUUUGUAGAAACAACAGCUUAUAACCUGACUUGUCAUUAAUCCAUUGGUUUUAGAAAUGGCUCAUAUGAAAGCUAAAACCCUCCCAAAUUAUAUUUAAAAUCUAAAAUAAAUUUCCUUCACUGAAGAAAGAUUGAUCAUUUAAUGAACACAGAAAGGUCAGAUUUUGGCAAGACAAAAGUUUUGUCGCCUACAUAGAGUAAUGUGAAAAUUGAACAAAUAAUUUACUUCAAAUACAAAAUAUGUUGCACAACAUCAGUGAAUCAAGUAGUGGUGCUGUGAGAUCCAUAUUUAAUAUCUUGUAUGACUUCCAUGAGCCUGAAGAACUGCAUCCAUGCAGUUCAGCAACGAUUCAUACAAUUUAUUGAUGAAGUCAUCAGAAAUAGCAAAGAACGCAGUCUUACAUGCCUCCCAGAGUUCAUCAAGAUUCUUUGGUUUUGUCUUCCAUGCUUCCUCUUUCAUUUUACCCCAGACAUGCUCGAUGAUGUUCAUGUCUGGUGACUGGGCUGGCCAGUCCUGGAGCACCUUGAUCUUCUCCGCCUUGAGGAACUUUGCUGUAGAGAUCUAAGUAUGCGAUGGAGCACCAUCCUGCUGCAAAAUUUGACCCCUUUUAUGGUUGGGAAUGUAAGAGGUAGCUAAUACUUCUUGAUAUUUUAGGCUAUUGAUAUUGCCUUUCACCCUGCAAAUCUCUCGCACACCUCCAUGCUGGAUGCAACCCCAGACCAUGAUUUUUCCACCACCAAACUUAAUUGUUUUCUGGGUGAAUCUCGGAUCCAUGCAGACUCCAGUAGGUCUCCUGCAAUAUUUGCAGCGGUUGUGAUGUAAUUCAACCGAAGAUUCAUCAGAAAAAUCCACCUUCUGACACUUUUCCAGCGUCCAUCCUUUUAGCAGGCUGUGGGCCUUGGCAAAUGCCACAAGUUUUUUUAAUUUCUUUUUGUUUAGUGCUGGUUUCUGGGCACUGAUUCGACCAUGGAGGCCAUGCCGAGACAGAAUUCGACAAACUGUUCUGGUUGACACAGGGACUUGAGGUGACCAGACCUGGUGGAGCUCUGCUGCAGUGGAAAAGGGGCUGGCCUUGGAUUUUCAAGCCAACAAAUGGUCCUCCCGAGCAGUUGUCUUUCGGGGUCUGCUGGGCCUGGGCUUGUCAUAAACAUCUCCAGUCUCUUCAAAUCUUUUUCUUAUCCUUUGUACUUGACGCUGAGACACAUUGAAGGUGUCAGCCACCUCAGCAGUGGAUCUGGUCUUCAGCCUCUUGAUGAUCAAAGCUCUGGUCUCAGGGUGAAUCUUAGGCAUGUUGUCAGAGGUUAAGUUGCAGUUGAUGUGAAGGUCUGGUGUGCUGUGGUUCUUUCUAUACACCCACUAAUUGAUUGGUCAAUAACUGAUCACAGGUGAGGCUGUAAUCUUGGAUUGGGUGCAUCAUAUGACAAGGCGACAAGACUUUUGUCUGUGCAAAAACUGACUUAGUGGGCUUUACCAAGCUGUGAACAUUAGAAUGCUUUUCAGCAGUUUCAUUUGGCACCAAGACAUUAUUUCAAACACUGUUGGGAUUGAAAUUAGACAUUUCUUGUAAAAAAAAAUUGUAUUGCACAUAUAUUUGAGGGGCACUUAUGGUCAACUUGUACCCAAGCGACAAGACUUUUGUCAGGGACUGUACUAGCCAUCAAACAUCUUUUUAGCUUUGCCUGGUUUCUUUAGCAAAGAGACCAAACACAACUCACCCACUCUCCUCCAGCAGCCGCUUGGUUGUGGGGGAGCCCUGAUGAGUCGAUCACCAAGUGCAGUGGAGUUCUGCAGCUCAAGGAAGAACAUUUAUGAUCAUUACUUCAUGGAAAUGCAAUCAGACUGAGACGCUAAGGCAGAAGAACUACCGUGUCUGAGUGCAAAAUGAUUAUUAUGAUGAUUAUUACUUCAUGGAAAUGAUCUGCUGCACUCGGUGAUCGACUUGUCAGGGCUCCCCCCACACACAAGCAGCUGCUGGAGGAGAGUGAGUGAGUUGUGUUUGGUCUUUUUGCUAAAGAAACCAGGCAAAGCUAAAAAGAUGUUUGAUGGUUAGUACUAUGGCUGGGACCCUAUAUGUACUGUUGAUGAAGUUAGGUGCUGUUUUGAGCAUUAUUUGUGACUACAGAGUGGCUUUUUGGUUGAGGUUUGUGCGUGGAGACGUAGACUGCUGCUGUAACUUAAUUUUACGUCGGAAUAUCCCUUUAAGUAGAGGACGUGGUGAAUAUUUAAGUGUCAUUUUAUUUCCAUUACAUGUUUUCGGUCAUUAAAGUUUCACCAAAAGUAAAUGAACAUGUAUAAACUUAAGCUCCUCAUCAAAAAAUUUUUGGGGAAGUAAGAUUACUUGUCACAUUUAUUAUUGGCACCCUCAUUGUUUUACAGAUAACAUAAUCAAAAACAUCUAUUUUAUUGUUGGGUAUUGAAGUUAAAGUGUAUGAAAAUAUCAGGUUAGUAAUUCCAGCCAUACCGGAUCAAUCACCAUGUAAAAUUUUCUAUCCAGGCCACAGCGGGGCACUGUUUGAUGGGCAAACACAUGCUUCUUCCUGCUCUGAGCAGCCACUGGACCUUCCACCACCUGGGCUCCAAACCACUGAUGAAAGACAGACAGUCAGACACGUCCUUCUCUGUCUGCUCCUCAGUGUCAGCCUGCUGGCGGUGAGACUGCAGUAUCCAUUAACAGCGUGUGUGUGUGUCCAUCUGUGUGAAGAUCUGAGAGUUGUAAGCAAAUUAGCAGGAAGGGAAAAAGGAGAUGCCACACAUUGACACAUCUAGAUGCAUGUUGGUGUGAAUGAAACGACAGUGUUAUCAUCACUGCCAGGUUUUCUACAGUUUACUAGUUGGUACAUAUCAGGUAAACUGGAGUCUCCUUUGUAAAACCAAACUUUUGAAAAAUAUGCAUGAACUGUCUUUUUUCUGAACAACAGGGACACACCCCCUAGUUUCACCAACAUCAUACGGAACAAAAUGAUCUACCAUAAGUUCAUCUUCUUUGAAAAAAUGAAAGUUGUCAGGCUUUGCUGUUCGCAUAUACACAGUGAAAAUUUACAUUAACAAGUAGACAUGUUCCAACACGGGUACCUCACAAUUCGAUUUGAUUUCAAUUAUGGGAGCUUUGAUUUUUCGAUUAUAAUGAUUGUCGAUUCGAUUCGAUUACUGGUGCCACAAUAUUCCGAUUAUUGCCAUUUUUCAUGCUUAUUUCCAUACAAGAUUGAUUUUGUCUUCAUUUGUGGUUACGUUUGUCAAUUAAUAGCCUAUCAGUGAACUCAGUUUCUCUAAAACUACACUCAAUAAGUAAAUACAGUUUACACUGUUAUGUAUACAUUUGAACUUUGACCUGCUUAACUUAAACUGGGAGGUUUGGAGACAGUCUCCUGGACGGUCCUCUGUGUAAUGGGUACAACUGGAGGGGCUUUCUCUGUUUUGGGAUGAAAGUGUACAUGGUUCUGCCUAAUGUUUGUGGUGUUGCUGAGGUACCUCAUUUUUGCUUUGCAAAUCUUGUAAAUCGCGUAGGUCUUGUCAUUUGUCUUGUUUGCUCUCUCAUGAAAUCCAAAGUACUUCCACACGGUUGCAGUCAACCCUGGUGGCGAGAAUCGGCCACUCUUUGGAGGCUGAUGAGGUUGUUGCCAUUAUGCCAAGAAACUAACGUGCUCUGCUUGUUGUGGUCCCACUCACUAAAUAGUCCGGGCGGCAUGCAUUAAAGUUCCGGUUAUGUGUUUUUUUGUUCCGGCCUUGCAGCAAAGCAUCAACGUUAUCAUCUAUUCAUGUAUUUAUCUUAAGCAUCACUGUUAAUUAAUCGAUGCCGAAUUGUCACGUGAAGCAUUGCAAUGCAUCGACAAAUUAAUGAAUUGCACCCACCUCUAUUAACAAGCCCUCCAACGGUGGCUGUCUGUCACUGGUAAAACUGGACUCUCUCUUUGUCUCUCUCUUUCUCUGUCUCUCUGUAGAACCUGUCCAGCUGUCUAUGGUGGCUGUUCAACAAAGAUCCAGGAAGACUUUACCUUGAACUCCAGUUCUUCUGUGCUGUGGCAAACUAUGGACAGGUACCAUCAGGCGCCAUCUGGUUUGUGUGGAUACUUACACCUAAAACUAUCAUUCCUCUGUUAAUGCUCAGUUGUUUUUCUUGGAUCCAGGGUUUCCUUUCAUUUGGGAUCUUUGGUCUGGAUCGACACCUUAUCAUCCUACCCUUUAAAAAGAGGUGAGACUUCGAGAUAAUUGGAGCAUUGUAUUACUUGUUUGUCAUGAUUCCUUGAUUCUUUUGAGAUGGACUACUUACAUCAUACAAAACAGAAACACUCUCUGCGAAUUUCAGAUUUCAGGGCCUGUGGCAGAGCAGAAACGAUGAUGAUUUAAGUCCUUCCAGUGUACCAGAGGAGGUCAGACUCACCUGUACACAGUUUGUCCGCUACCACAAAGACCAGUGUGUUCAAGACAUUGUGCACACACGCAGGUAGGAUAUGAUUAUUUGUGAACUGUGCAAAGACCAAAAAAUUAUAUUGCUUUUAGAAAAAAUAUGCUCAAUUUAAUUUUAAGAUCAGCAACACAUUUUCAAAAAGGAACAACCAGACACAGAAAAAGUGCAGAGCUGAAAGUCACCUGAGGGAACAUCUCUUAACUAAGAUGUGCCUUCAGCAUUUCAGGGAGGCCAGGUUUCUCAGAGGCAAAGAUGGGCAGAUGUUCACCACUCUGUGAGAGACUGUGUGAGCAAAUGAUUCACCAAUUCCACUACAAUGUGUCUUAGUGCUAAAUCACAAAGAAUUUGGGAAAGUGAUCAUCAUCUCAAUACAAUUAAGAGUUUCAGAAAUUUGUAAGAAUCUGUCCAAAAGGAGCAAGGUCUAUACACCAGUACUGAAUGGCUAUGACUCUGAAAUCACUGCAUGAGCACAGGCUCAAAAUCCUCCCCUGAAGUAAGCACAGUUUGUCACUGCACCAAUGAAUGCAUAAAACUGUACCAGGCAAAGACCAAUUUGUUGCUGGUAUCAAAUUUGAAACAAGUAUAUUGUAUCUGUUUCAUAAAACAAGAAAGUUUAGUAGUUUUCAAAUUCAAUAUGCUGCUUUUUCAAAAACUAUAAACAAAAAGGCUUUGAUGAUUUGCAAACCCGCAAAAUCAGUUUUUUUGUCAGCAUUUGAAACAGUGUCUCAGCUUUUACUGGGAUUGAGGUUGUAAACUACAGAAGCGUGUUGCAUUCAAUUACAAAAACUUACUUACCUGUCUGUUUUUCUGACUCUUUUUUUUCCUCUGUUUUUUUGUAGUUAAUUUUUUUCCUCUUUUUGUUCUUCGGACCAAUUUUUAUUCUGUUUUCAUACUUUUUUUUCUUUUGUCUUUCUGUUUUUUGGACUACUUUUUUUUUCCUGACUAAACAAGAUACAUCAAAAUCCUGUGAGAAUCUCAUACAAUCAGAUAAAGUUAACUACUGCAGCUGCUCCAAAUAAGCAGAUUCUCCAGCUCCUAGAUAACUUUGACUACAGGGUCAAUAAUAGUAAGGGAUGUUAUUAGUUAAACAUAGGGUAUGCAAAUCCUGAGGUGCCUGCACAAAAUAGACAAACUUAUGAUGAUUACAUCAUGAUUUCUGACUAAAAGAAAGGAGCAUGUCCCAGUGUCUCAACCCCAAAAGAAAGAAAACUUGAUUAAACUAAACAAGCGGGCCAUGUUUGCUUCUAAUAAAUCAAGCAGAGGGGGAUGAAAGUGUUUGUUUUUUAAAUGAUCAUGAUCCCAAAGAAUAGGAAAAACAAUUAGUCUGAAAAAAAUAAAAAAUUGUCUGAAAAAAAGAAAAAUUGUCUGAAAAAAAGAAAAAAAUGUCUGAAGAACAGAACAGAAAAAAAUUACUCUGAAAAACACCUUUUUUUGGGUGAAUGCAAUAUGCUUCAUUUGUAAACUAUAUCUGAUUAAUAUGGGAGAAAAAUGUAACUAUGUGUUGAAAUACUCCAAAUUGUAUGAAUUCGUCUCAUUAUUUCCUCUUGCUUCAGUUUUCUGUUUGAGGAAAAGUGCACAAACUGAGCAUGUGUAAAGCCCACCACCAUCAAGAUUAUAUUCCAGUUUUGACUGUUCAACUUAUAAGAUUGUAGCGUGAUUCCCUCAAAUCUUCAGAUGUUCUUUCUUUGCAUCUUCUUUGCCCGUUAUCUGUCUAAGUAACUGUUCAGCUGCCUUUACUGACAUCCUCUAUCAAGUAUUUAUUUUUCUUACAACUAAUGUAUGAUGAUUAGUUUGAGAAAGUUUUUUUUUGUACCUGAUAGGUUUCACUUUUACUCCAGUUGUACUGUACAUACUAAUUUGGGAGAGUUAGAUUGUUAAAAUUUCAAACUUAGAAACAAAAAUUUGACUAACUUAAACUUUGUCUUGAGAUGUUUGUUACUCCUGUUUUCUUCUCUUUUCUUUGAUUCUAACACAGUCUCUUUUUUCCCUCUCUUAAAUUUUUCUUUUCAUGUUUCCUUUCCCCCUUCAAUGCUACCUUUGCCUGCCCUUCCUCUUUCCUUCGAUUGGUGGCCUUCCUCUAGUGGCUCAGGGGAGAGUGUGAGUGCUUCCACAGGUGAAUCCUUCCUCUGAUAACAACAGGUUUAGGAGAGGAGAGGGAAGAGGACUGGAGGACCCUCACUUGCAUCACGAUCCUCAGGAGCAACUUAACCACGAGCCGCAGAAUCUGCAUCAAACUCAAGAUCAAAAUGGACUCAGCAGCCAGUGUUUAGAUCCAUCUGGACCAAAGUCUGACCCUGAGGAUUACCACAAAACUCAUGACCCAGCCAGUCCUCAGCACCCACACCAGCAUGAUCUUGUUUUAAGUCCUCCUCACCUCCAGCAGCAUCACCUGUCCCAUUCAGAAAGUGUGUUUCGGGGCAGUGACUUGAUGGACUGGUUGGUAGAGCGAGGAUUGUGUGCUGGGCCAGCUGAGGCUAAACUCUACUGUGGUCAGCUUCAGCUGGGGGGAGUGAUUGAUCACCUGGGAGGUCAGUGCAGCUUUACUGAAGAUCCCAGCCGGCUGUACCACUUCACACAGGAAAGAGAGAGAGAGAGAGGGGGGAGGAAUAGUCCCAGUACAUGUUGAAGGAAGAGAGGGGGAGGCAGAAACCUUAGUGACUGUCAAAGCCAAAGCUUAAGUGCCUUGUGCGGUGUUUUGUUUUUGAUUUCUUUUUUCUCUCAUAGAUGGUUGGGAAGCAGACCCGCAACUCCUCCAUUACUCUGGCUGAGUAGUUUGUGGUGCAAUCAAGCUUGUUUGCUGAAUCUUAUAUUUUUUUACAUUUUAGUUUCAGGUGGUAUUUGCAAAUGUGUGUGCUCUGACUGAUAUGUGCCCCUGGGUAACACCGGUGGUGGUGGUCACUGGCUUGUUGAAGGGCUUGUUAAGCCAGUUGCAAAAGAACGAAGAAGAAGAAGAAGAUUAAUCAAGAAAAACAAGCUGUCCCCAUCACUCCCCCUCUCCUGGCUCUGGACCUGAUCUUCUUAUUGCUCUAAAGUGAGUUGGCUUUUAUCACUGGCUAUUUCAUUCAAAGGAUGUCUUCUAUCCCUGGAUCUCAGGGAGCCAGUAAACUGAAGGACAUACAAGUUGCCAUCCAUCAGCCUGUUGUCAGCAAGUUCUGUUCAAAAGACUUGAUGUGACUCUGUUAGUCAAUUUAGCCAAUGAGCUUCAGAGCUCUCACUGAAAGCCAAUGGCAUUCUUGCCUGCUUAUUCUGUUUCAUGUUGUUUUGUUUACUUUCACAUCAUCUUGAAUCUGCCUGUCAUCGGCAUUUUAAUAUUUUGCACGCAGUUGUUUGAACAACCCUGGUCUAAUCUAGUAAACUUGCAUGACUCGGAGCAGGAAGGAUUCCCGCUCAGCACUGAACCGCUUGCACUGACUGAAAAAUAGCAUUCUUCUAAUUUUUGAAUUAUGCAACUCACUGGAUUUCUGUCUUUGUGACAAGAUAUGCAUAAGAUAUUACCUUUUAUUUAAAUCGUGUCAUUGGUUGUGAACUUGAGCUCUGUACUUUGAGUUGAUUAUGGUCGAAUUACAAAUAGUAUUAAUUUAAUAAAAGUAUAAUGUUAGCUCAGAAUCUUUUCCCAUCAAACCUGGCACUAGUUUGAUCUAAAACUCAGAUGUUGGCCAGACCUAAAUGUCAUUAUUAUUAUAGUAUUAUUAUUUAUUAAUAAUAAUUAAUUUAAAAAUAAUUUUAUUAUUCUUUUCAAGGAUUACAGCUUAUUAAGCUCCAACUAUGGGUGUUUUUCAUGGUGUGGUUAGGGCACAAAGAUGAAAACAGUGAUCAUAUUGAUUCACCCUAAAUUGUCCCUUUGAUGCUGUUAUCCAGUCACACUUUGAGUUAGCACUGGACCGUUGACUAAUAUGAGUAUAAUUUUGGUGCAGUCCUGCCACUACUUACUAAAUCUGUUGGUCAACUGACUCAAAAACACGAAUUGAACUAAGUUUGUUAGAUAUCACAAGCCUUUCCAUGAAACACCUUCUAAUUCUUUCUUUAAAGUUGUUGUUUUUAUGUUGGACUGUGAGAGUCAUGAUCACAGUCCCAAACUAUGCCAUUACCUUUGUUGUGCCCAAAACUGAAAAAAAUGUUGAGUUAAAGUGUCUGCUGUAGGUCAUAACCACUACCAAUAUGUUUACAGAUUGUUUCACUCCCAUCAAGCAACUGGCAGCAGUUGCGUCACUACUACUUUUGUUUGCCUGUUAAAAUUGCUGCUGGUUUGUGUAAGUGUUACUGUGAAGUUUAAUGUGUUGGCACUGAUGUGGAGGAUGGACAGAUUGUAAUAUGUGCACAUACAAAUAUUAAGCCAAAACUGUGAUUUGUUAUAUCCAGCAUCAUAUUUACAGGCUGUAGCUCCAUUCAAAUCCGAAAUCUUAAAAAAUAUUAUUUGAACCUUUUACCCCAAGGAGAAAAGGAUACCUGUUGUUUUUCUGGGUCCAUUUUCAUCAUCACAAGCAAACCUUUAAAUUUAUUUGAGCAUUUGUGUAUCUGUUCAUCUCCUAUCAACUAAAACCAUAUAAAGCUCAUAUGUUUGGCUUAAAGGGAUACUCCUGUGUAUAUUUAAGUUAGGGUCAAACACACCUUAACAACAAGUUAGACACCCUCUUGAGAGAUGAAUGUUGCAAGUAAUUGCAGUAAUUAUACCAACUUAAGUAACAACAGCAUAAUAGCAAUACACAGCGGUCUACGUCUCCACACACGACCCUCAACCAAAGAGUCACUCUAUAGCCACAAAUAAUGCUCAGAACAGCACCUAACUUCAUCAACAGUACAUGUAGGAUCCCAGCCAUAGUACUAGUACUAAUAGUACAUCAAACAUCUUUUUUAACUUUGCCUGGUUUCUUUAGCAAAGAGACCAAACACAACUCACCUGCUCUCCUCCAGCAGCCGCUUGUUUGUGGGGGAGCCCUGACACGAUCUCCUAGUGCAGUGGAUCAUUUCCAAGGAGUAAUAAUCAUCAUAAUAAUCAUUUUGCACUGCAGAUGCAGUAGUUCUUCUGCCUUACCAUCACGGUCUGAUUGCAUUUCCAUGAAGUACUGAUCAUAAAUGUUCUUCCUUGAGCUGGGAAACUCUGCUGUUUGCAGGGGCAGCCCUGACAAGUCAAUCCCCAAGUGCAGCGGAGUCCCACAGCUCAAGGAAGAACAUUUAUGAUCAGUACUUCAUGAAAAUGCAAUCAGACCGAGACGCUAAGGCAGAAGAACUACUGUGUCUGAGUGCAAAAUGAUUAUUAUGAUGAUUAUUACUUCAUGGAAAUGAUCUGCUGCACUCGGUGAUCGACUCAUCAGGGCUCCCCCACAACCAAGCGGCUGCUGGAGGAGAGUGGGUGAGUUGUGUUUGGUCUCUUUGCUAAAGAAACCAGGCAAAGCUAAAAAGAUGUUUGGUGGCUAGUCCUAAGGCUUCAACCCUAUCUGUGCUGUUGAUGAAGUUAGGUGCUGUUCUGAGCGUUAUUAGUGGCUAUAGAGUGGCUCUUUGGUUGAGGUUUGUGUGUGGAGAUGUAGAGCACUGUGUAUUGCUGUCGUGCGGUCGUUACUGAAGAUGGUAUGAUGAGAAGCCAGCAGUUGGCAACAUUCAUCUCUCAAGUGGCGUGUCUAACUCUGUGUUAUGUUAUGUUUGACUGUGACUUAAAUUUACGCCAGAAUAUCCCUUUAAGUUCUUUGUUUUUUUAUGAAGUUGUCAAAAGCUGAGUGCCUGCCUGUGCCAAUGUGAAGGUGUGUGUUUGUUUGCAUGAACUUUAAUGUCUUUGAGUUUCUGUGUGGUAUGUUUUAAGUGUAGAAACGUACUGAAAGAGAAUAAGAGAGACUUAACAUGAAGUAUAACUGUGCAGUUGUUUGACAGGAUCACUGUCAUUUGGAAUAUUUUAUUUCAAGUGUGUUGCUGUAAAUCAAUCAGGUUAGUGUCUCUGUGACCACAAGAAAGGUACAAAUAAACCACAGUUUUCAUCCAAAAUGU